ACAGGUGACUCGGGCAGGCCCCGCCCCCCUCAGGUGCGGCUCAUUAAAAAGCUGUGAGAGCGGAACGAUGGCGUCUGUCCGUCUGAAGUGAAGGCGCCAAACUUAAAACCGCAAAAAUGUCCAGGAGCGGAGUGGAAACGGCAGCUCAGAGCCCGCUGCUCUCCUCCAGCUUCUGUUUCAGCCCGUGGUCGUGUGUUUGUGUAAAGGGCUGGUCGGCUGCCGCGUGGAACGGCCUCCCCGACCCGCUGCUGGCCGCCGGCUCCUCCGGACGCCCCGCCCCCGAGCCGUGGCUCCUCCCCGGCUGCAGCUCCGUCUACGACAGCCUGGUCAGCAACGUCUCUCCGAUCCCGUCUCCUCCUCCUGCGAGCGGCCUGCGAGGAAGAGAGAGAGCCGCCGCCAACAAACCCCGCAGGCCGUCCAUCCUGGAGCGUUGCAUCCUCAAAGUGUCCACCAGCAGUGUGGCUGUGGGGACGGACGAUCUGGACAAGAGGUCUCCCAUCGGUCGCUGCUACCCCCGCCUCCCGGAUCCGGCCAACACCGAGACCAACGCUGCGGUUCUGAAGCGGCGGCAGAAACAGAUCCAGUACGGCAAGAACACCAGCGGCUACCAGAACUACCUGCAGCAGGUCCCCAAGCACCUGAGGGACCCGAAGCUCCACCCAUCCACCCCCAACAAGUACAGGAAGUACAGCCGGCGGUCCUGGGACAUGCAGGUGCGUCUGUGGAGGCGAGCGCUGCACCUGUGGGACCCUCCGACCGACAACCAGCCGGACGCCACCGACUCACAGGACCCAGUGGAGCAACUGCAGAGCCAGUUGGAGAAGAUGACCUCUGACCUGUGUGAGGACAGAGGAGAGAAGCAGAGAGAGAAGGAGACUCCAGCGGCCUCUAAAGCCUCCUCUGUGUCUCCUCUGUCGGCCGGGACGUCACUGGAGCUGCCUGGACCCUGGACCGUCCCCUUCUCCCCGGAGGCUGAGACGAGCCAUCGGCCGCUUCGCUCCCCGCCCGGCCUCAGCUACUCCCUCAGGAAUCAGCUGACCACCAGCGACAACAUGAACGACUGGCUCCGCCUGCUGCUGGAGGCGGACCACAUCCAAGAUCUCAGCUCUGAUGACCAGCAGGUCCCUGUGUUUUCUGACCAGCUCUUGUGGAAUCCGUACUGAUCGUCCCCGGACCACCGCCAGUCUGAAACCGACAGGGUUCAGUCAUCAGUCAGCGUCUUCGUCAAGCAAUCUCAAUGUGACGCCGUCAUCGUCUGGACCUCGUACUCUGUUGAUCCUGUGUGUGCGUGCGUGCGUGCGUGUGUGCGUGCGUGCGUGUGCGUGUGUGUGUGUUUGGUGGUGGGCGGGAGGGUCCAGUACCCAGUACGUUCGUCUGUUUUAAGAUCACUGAAGAUUUACUAUAACGACAGCAGGGAUGUGACUGCUCCUUGAUCCGACCUACAUCCACCCCUCCGUGAUCUCUUCUCAGAGGUGGGAGGGGGGCCGCGACCUGGAGAGAACUGAGAGGAACCGGCCCCCAGAAGUGUCGAGAUUUCCCAGCUGCUCUUGAACGCGUUCUCGGGUCGGGACCUGAGCAUGGUACUAUAGUUUGCACUUUAUAGAUUUAUGUUGAACUGCAUCAGAUGGAGCACUUCUCACCUGCAUCAUGUUUAAGUUUUACGAGUCCUGCACCGAUGGAAAAGCUGCUAAUUGUUUUGUACUUGAAGUCACUUAUUGUGUGUAUUGAUCCGGUUUGGUGUCACUUUGUCGCCUCCCUGUGGGCCGCUGUUGUCGUCUUUGGUCCACCUUCUCCUUCAUGCUCUGCCGUCUCUGUCUGGAUCAGGCUCCAGCUCCUCCUCCUCCUCCUCUUCACCGCCAUGUUUUUUCUAAAAAACAAAGGAGGGGAAAAGGCUGUCACUUUGUGUUGUUGUGAGUUUUCUUUUACUUUUUUGUGUUUACCAAUAUGUCAAUUUCUGCUGCUUGAAUAUCGAGCGGAAAGCUGAAAGAUGUGAUUAAUAAAGAUGUAAAUAAAGUGUUAGAAAUUCAAACCGA